UGGAGUACGGCGGUAACGGGAUGACGUCUGCCCUGACGUAAUAGUACCGCCAAGCGAGGGGUUGGAGGUGGAAAUGGUCGGCAUGGAAUGGAGUACGGCGGAUACGGGACCUGACAAAUUGGACAUGUCUUUGGAGAGAACAGUCCAAGUUUAUCCAACCUCCUUAUAGGUCGUACUCUCUAAACUGUUGUGCACCCUUUCCAAAGAUCCACAUCCUCCCUGUAAAGCGGCAACUAAAACUGCACUUACCAUAUUCCAAACAUCGUUUGACCGAAGUUUUAUACCAUAUGACUGAUGGAGAUGAUAUAAUUAAACUGAAUAAAAGGCAGCGUAAUGUGAAGAAAUCUGUACCACGUAGAGGAAAACAGACAUUAAAUCGCUCUUCCUAUUCAACAAUGCAGCUGAAACGGUCAAGCAAUUGGCGUGGAAUCCCACAACGACCCGGAAAAGCUGUGAACAGACAGAUCCCUGUUGGUAGAAGGAAAGUUUCUGGACCCCGGAGAAGGCGAUUUCAGGGUUUGGUAACUGGUCUGGCAACAAGAAAGGCUUUGAUGCUACAGAAAUCGAUCAGUACACAAAGGUUAUCCUUGAGUCAUAAGCAGGCUGGACGGAGAACUCCACUUCCGAAAACUACAUCAGUAUUUGGGCAGAAUGAAGGACAGCAAAGAUUUAUGUCAUCAUUGAAGCAUUCAUUGCAGCUAAAGAGGAAUUCCAUUCAAAUGAAUUUUCCCAGGAUUCCUGUGCAGGCACAGCAAAAUAAAGAAGCACGGCAAGCAACUUUUCUUUUCAAAAGAGGCCUAAAGGUGCACAUGCAAACUGAACAAGGAAUGAAAGGAAGAUCAAUUAAGAGACAAAUGCGACAGUGGUCAACCAAUUCUGAUACUGUAACAGUCGACCAAAGUCGCAUUCCUAGUACCAGCAGGGGUGUUUUGACUGUGUCUAUUCAGAACCCAUCUGCCAAAAAUACUGAUUCCCAGCAGUUCCGAGUCAGACACCCCUCUUUGAUUCCAUUUGCAAUUAAAAAGGAUUCGACUGAAAAGAGAGAACCACCGAAAGGAGUGCAACUGGAAUUUGAUAUCAACAGUGUUGGGAAACAGACUGGUAUCACCUUAAAUGAGCGAUUUGCGAUUCUGAAGGAACGGCGAAUAGCAGUGGCAUCAAGCAAAGGAGAACGAUUUGUGACUGUGGGAUAAAUGAGAUGACUGACAUUUGAUCUGGCAGAAUUCUUGGGAGCUUGUUCCCAUGCACUCUGAAGUGAUUUGAUGUCAAAAACAGACAUUAUGCAGAUGGAUCUUGUUGACUGUACUCUGAAGCCAAUUUUACAAUGACGUAAGAAGAAAUGAUAUUUGGAUUACUUGUUUAAACUUUGUUUUUGUCUGAGCAACAGUAGAUGAAGAUGGAAUUGAACAAUAUUUGAAAUAUCGCAUUGCAAAUAUGAAAUUUUGUUACUUUCAAGAAACACUUCAUUAGCUAAAAAUGUAAAUUCAGCACACUUUCCCCAGAAUUUAGUAUUUUUGGAAACUUGAUGAAAUCUUGGAUUAAUUUUUUUUAAACAUUAAAGUUUAGCAAUUUAACAGUUUUCCAAAAUAAUUGUUUAUUGAAUAGCUUUUCUGUUCAAAGUAAAUUUUAUUAUUGAAGUACAUAUGUCACCAUAUACAACCCUGAGAAUAAUUUUCUUGUGGGCAUACUCAGCAAAUCUAUAGAAUAGUAACUAUAACAGGAUCAAUGGAAGAUCAACCAAAGUGCAGAAGACAACAAACUGUGCAAAUGCAAAUAUAAAUAAAUAGCAAUAAAUAACAAGAACAUGAGA